UGCUAUCCCGCAUGCGUAUAGCGGUCUGACUUUUGCCUGUAGGCUUUUGUCGCUGUGUACUGGUGGUAGCAACAAGCGUUGGCAUUUAGCAGGAGGAUCGAUGAUUGGCAGAAGUCGUUGUCAAUGAAACGUCUGUAAAUAUCUACCAAAUGCGUAUUUCAAUUUAUUUUAGACCCACAAUUUACGGUACAUCAUUUGAAAUCGUUACAUCAGCCUCGAGCGAGUGAGAUGAAGAUAUGGAGAUAAACGGAAGGACACUCAUUAGAUUAUGGUUUGGCUGAAGGUGGGGGAGGCGAGGAGUUGAGUGGGUCUGUUGCGAGACGCUUGAUGCGGAUACAACAAGUCGCAAUGACGCCUGCUUUGCAUUAAGCAGUUGGUCACACACUCGGAAGUGCAGUGUGACUUUAUUUAAGCAAACUUUUAACCUCCGUCGUGACACAUUGUUGUCGAAUUGAGUGUAAAAACAACACCAAUAAAAACAUGAUUAAUUUCUGACAUCAUCAAAUAAUCAGUCAAUUAAUGAAUUGGUGGCCUAUACCAAAUCAAAGUACUUGUCACGUGCGCAGAAUACAACAGGUGUAGUAGACCUUACCUAGCCUAUGUGCCUUUCAAAGUCUAUCUUCUAAACUAUCUUAACUGUUUUUUGUAGGUCUAGUCCUCCAAAAAUAUAGUAAUAUGCUUGUAGAAAUAACCUAUAUUUUAUAUAUUUUAAACGGAACAUUCUUCAUUUAUAGCAGUAAAUGCAUGCCUUUAAAAUCGCCGUGUGUCAUUUAGCGUGGUAUGUUACUUCUUCCUAUUGAAAAUAAAGUGUUCACCCUCGAAGCAAGCAUAGGCGUUAACUAGGGGCCCACAAAGACAGCGGGCAUUCCACGGAAUUAGCUUGUGUGCACAUUCUUUACGUUCUGUCUGGGUGACGAGUUCAAAGCUGAUGAUCAGAUUCGUGCCAGGACAGGGCUUGGUGUUGUACCCUCAGAUAGGGGAUAAGUUGGACAUUGUCUGCCCACGUGUGGACGGAGUAGCCGAUGGGGUGGAGUAUUACAAGAUCCACAUGGUUCCCAGGGAGCAGCUGGAGAGCUGCACCAUCACCAAGGCUGACACGCCACUGCUCAACUGUGUGAAGCCUGACCAGGACGUCAAGUUCACCCUGAAGUUUCAGGAGUUCAGCCCCAACCUGUGGGGCCUGGAGUUCUUCAGAGGACAAGACUACUACAUCAUCUCAACCUCUAAUGGCACCAUGGAGGGGCUUGAGAACCAGGAAGGAGGAGUUUGCAAGAUGAAAUCCAUGAAGAUAAUCAUGAAAGUGGGACAAAGUGCCUCUGAUCCUGUCUCACCCAAAGACUACCCCACCAGAUACCCUCCCAAGCAGCCCGACACAGUGGGAAAGGACUCCUACAAACCAAACGAAGUGCUGGAGAAGACAGAUUCGUCGUACAGGGAGGGCGAGGGCGACCAGGGGACGGGUGGCAAAUCCUCCAGCAUCAUCGGCUCCGAGGUGGCCCUGUUCGCAUGCAUCGCCUCGGGCAGCGUCAUCUUCAUCGUCAUCAUCAUCAUGCUGGUCCUGCUGCUGCUCAAGUACCGGCGACGGCACCGCAAGCACUCUCCGCAGCACGGCACCACGCUGUCCCUCAGCACGCUGGCCACGCCCAAACGGGGCAACAACAACGGCUCGGAGCCCAGUGACAUCAUCAUCCCUCUCAGGACUUCAGACGGCGUCUUCUGCCCGCACUACGAGAAAGUGAGCGGGGAUUACGGUCACCCGGUCUACAUCGUUCAGGAGAUGCCCCCCCAGAGCCCUGCUAACAUCUACUACAAGGUCUAAACCUGACCUCCGACCCCCCCAGGGCUCCUUUUUGGAUUGGACCCUCCUCUCUCUGUUAUUGUUCUUGUUGUUUUUACAGAAACGUUACUAUUGUGGUUAAUAUUCCUUGUUUUUUUGGGAUUCGUUCGAGAACGUGAAAGAGAAAAGCUGCUCCGCUGCGGAUUUUUUUUUUUUUGGGGGGGGAAUACCUCCUAUCCGCUUCUCUUCUCUCCCAGCAGCUUGUGUGUUUGUGUGUGUGGACGUACGGACGUACGGAAGGACAGAUGGAUGGUUGGAGAGACAGAAAGAUGACCCCUCCCCCUGCCCCAGAAGGAGCAGAGGAGUUUGACCCAAACCUCCCUGGAUAUCCUGCUCUGCGAUUCUCCCCAAAAGAGACUACUGCUGGGAAAGUGAGGGAAAGAGACCAUGGAGGGAGAAAGAGAGGGAUGGCAGAGAGAGGGAUGGCAGAGAGAGGGAUGGCAGAGAGAGGGAUGGCAGAGAGAGGGAUGGCAGAGAGAGGGAUGGCAGAGAGAGGGAUGGCAGAGAGAGGGUUGGCAGAGAGAGGGAUGGCAGAGAGAGGAAAAGGAGAGAAGGGGCGGACCUUGAACUCAUGUCAGUAAUGGCAGUUAGCCAUGAGACACUUUGUGGAAAUAUCCACUCUGGGGACAAUCCCGAAUGACACACGGACACCAACCUAUCACCCACACACCCACACACUCACCCACUGUCAGUCAUUGUGAACUGUUCAGACCCUCGUGCUCGUUAAGACCCAUAAUUCCCUCAUCGUUUGUCCGACCACACCUUUUACUUUCUUGCAUCAUCAAUCGUUACUGUGGUUACUUGAAAAAAGGUUUUGGAGAAGAAGAAAACACGAUUCCCUUUUAUAGCUUCAUUAUUGUAGCUUCAUUCCUGGUAUUGUUCAACUUGCACAUUAUUGAUUUUUUUGGUAACGUGGUUUUGUCGCAGCUCAUGCCGUGCUGGUGUACGUGACUUUCAAAUACACACAGACACAUGUGAAAAACACACGCACGCGCACACACACGCGCACGCACGCACACGCACACACACACGCUGCAGCCCAGCACUGAGAGAGCAGAAAGCAGGACUUAGAGAGGGCUGGACCAUGUGGAGGUGUUUUAUUUGUGUUCCGUCGCAUCGGGGGGACAUGCUGCUCUUUCUACUCCCUCUGAGUGGUCAAGGCUCACCAGGUGGCUUCUGGGAAGGGUGGAGGACCUAAAUGAAUCAUAGAGCAGCACUUUUAACCCCCCUCUACCCAGUCAAGCAGUCAGAUCACAGAGAGGGAGAGAGAGGUGCUGGUAGAGGGGGUGAAAGAGAGACGAUAGAAGCUGUAUCCUUUUCAGUAUGGUUGUAAUAGUAGCAAGGACUGACUUUCCAUAGAUUGGCCUCUACAACACCGAGAAGUGUUGGUGAACCGGAAAUACAGGCAAUAAGAAAUCCCACCCUGCCUUGCUGCUGCAGUUUCAGCUACACGGAGGAAAGGUAAAGAUAAGAGAAGCCCAGGUCAAAGUGGAGUUUAACCCAGCCACUGUCUGAAACAGAGAGGUCUAAGUGGAGUUUAACCCAGCCACUGUCUGAAACAGAGAGGUCUAAGUGGAGUUUAACCCAGCCACUGUCUGAAACAGAGAGGUCUAAGUGGAGUUUAACCCAGCCACUCUCUGAAACAGAGAGGUCUAAGUGGAGUUUAACCCAGCCACUGUCUGAAACAGAGAGGUCUAAGUGGAGUUUAACCCAGCCACUGUCUGAAACAGAGAGGUCUAAGUGGAGUUUAACCCAGCCACUGUCUGAAACAGAGAGGUCUGGUGGAGUUUAACCCAGCCACUGUCUGAAACAGAGAGGUCUAAGUGGAGUUUAACCCAGCCACUGUCUGAAACAGAGAGGUCUGGUGGAGUUUAACCCAGCCACUGUCUGAAACAGAGAGGUCUAAGUGGAGUUUAACCCAGCCACUGUCUGAAACAGAGAGGUCUAAGUGGAAUUUAACCCAGCCACUGUCUGAAACAGAGAGGUCUGGUGGAGUUUAACCCAGCCACUGUCUGAAACAGAGAGGUCUGGUGGAGUUUAACCCAGCCACUGUCUGAAACAGAGAGGUCUAAGUGGAGUUUAACCCAGCCACUGUCUGAAACAGAGAGGUCUGGUGGAGUUUAACCCAGCCACUGUCUGAAACAGAGAGGUCUAAGUGGAGUUUAACCCAGCCACUGUCUGAAAUAGAGAGGUCUAAGUGGAAUUUAACCCAGCCACUGUCUGAAACAGAGAGGUCUGGUGGAGUUUAACCCAGCCACUGUCUGAAACAGAGAGGUCUGGUGGAGUUUAACCCAGCCACUGUCUGAAACAGAGAGGUCUGGUGGAGUUUAACCCAGCCACUGUCUGAAACAGAGAGGUCUGGUGGAGUUUAACCCAGCCACUGUCUGAAACAGAGAGGUCUGGUGGAGUUUAACCCAGCCACUGUCUGAAACAGCUCUUGGUUCCGUAGUGUCUGUUUCCAGGGGCAACAAGAACCGUUGCCCUCUUACACAACUUUAAAAAGCACAGGGACAUCAAAGCUCAUUGUCACUUUUUCUCAAACAUCAUCUUUAGCAUUUCCUUGUUGUUUUUUUUGUUUUUCACUAUUAUUAUUAUUAUUUUAGUUAGAAAAAUAGAUGUCCAUUUAAAGGAGGUCAUUUUGAAAACAGAAAGAGUAAGAAAUAAACCAUCUGAAAUGUUGUAUUUAUUUAAUCAUCAUAGACCCAUUAGAGAUGUUGUCAGAAAGACACUGAUGUCGUCUUUAGUCUGGUAUAAAAGUACACAUUAUGCAAGCUAGAGUUUUAAUGAUCUAAUUCACCCACAGUGUCCCAUCUUUUCAUUAACUUCCACCCAGAGACACAGGACUAGAGCCUGGGAAGGGGAUAGGGAGGGCAGCCUGGACAUAUGCCCCAAGGGGAGAGGAGGUUGUUGGACCCAAAAUAGCAUAACCACCAGGCAGACCAGCAGUGUAUCCCACAGUCCUUCACUGUAGCAUCUCCCAAAGGACCAUGGGAAAUUCUCAUGAUUACCCUGUGCCCCUCUUUCCCCAUGCUACCGUGUGUGUGUGUGUGUGUGUGUGUGUGUGUGUGUGUGUGUGUGUGUGUGUGUGUGUGUGUGUGUGUGUGUGUGUGUGUGUGUGUGUGUGUGUGUGUGCCUCCUGUUGAGCAAGGCCAGUGAAAGACAGCCAUUUUGUUCUCUUUAUUCACACGCAUUUGAAAACAUUGACUUAAGAAAAUGAGAACAGGAUUGUGACUUAUACCACGCCCAAAUCAUGUAUCUGUUUACAACCAACAUUCUCAUUAGUUCAUUAAGAACAUCAAAUUUCACCAAGCCUUGUAUGAUCUGGGGUUUGUGCCUCUAAGAGGCUACAAAAUCUGCAAAUAUGCAAUUUCUAUUUAUUUUUUUAAGAAUUGAGAGAAAUCUACACCUAUGGAAAGUGUUCUUAAACCACUGAGCGAUGUAACAACGAACAGGACAACAACAAAACGAGUAAAGUACAUCACACGAGCCUGCUGUUAAGAGUUUAUCAUUUCUAGUAUUAUUCUAACAUUUAUUUAGUUCCAAGGUGAACUGUGAAGAAAAAAAAAAAAAAACGUUUUGAAAAUGAAAUGCACCCGGACAGUUAUUUAAGAAAAGAGAGAGAGAGAGAGAGAGAGAGAGAGAGAGAGAAAACACACACACCAGGAAUCACAAAACAAAUUGAUGUUGAGUUGCUAUCUUGACUGCGACAGAAUAUGACAAUCGUUUUAGUUUCUUUGAAUCUGUCGUCCUUAUCCUAGCUAACAUACAACUGACAUUCUUCUAAAACGGCUAGGGUCGAUUUUUAUGUCUCUGUUAUGUCAAUGAAAUGUUGCAGCCACGUUGAGAGAAUGUUAGUAAGCUGGCUAGGAGAAGUACUUCAGGCUAACUGUAAAAUGCCUUGCUCGUAUUGGUCAGCCCUUGGUCACCUGACUCAGUAAUUUUGCACCGUUCUAUCUGUAGGUGAGAAACUGUAAAUACAUGAAUGUUUGUAUUGUUUAUGAAUCCUGGGAUGUUACAAUAGCCUUAUUCACCUUUUUAGGAAAGUAAAUGGACAUGAAUAAAGAGCAAAUGGGACACUCUUCUGUAAAACAGAGCAUAUGUUUGUUGGUAAAUAGCUUGUGUAUAUAUUGACAAGAUCAAUAAAACAAUGUUUUUAUCAACUCUUAAAGUAAGAUGUUUUGUAUACAAUUAGAUUUUUUUUGUUGAUUUUUGUUGUUGUUUGUUGCUAUGUAUUUUAGCUAGCGCUCGUUGGAAAGCCCUUGUCCUCCUCCCACUCCCUCCCCCUUUUGCACUGUUUCCAUGGCAAUUUGGUUUGGAAACAAACGAGAGAACAGGUUGCCAAACCGACUGCUGCAUAUUCCUGUGUACCAUAAAUAUUUAUUGAAUUCAUUUUUGUUGUUGUUCUGUUUUUUAAUUAUUUUUUAAAAAUGUGAUUUCUGUUCAGUAAGUGACACAGUAUUACGAUUGCGUUGUUCAUUUGUCUCCCUGUCCUGGUUUCGUUAGUCUGUCCUGGUUUCGUUAGUCUGUCCUGGUUUCGUUAGUCUGUCCUGGUUUCGUUAGUCUGUCCUGGUUUCGUUAGUCUGUCCUGGUUUCGUUAGUCUGUCCUGGUUUCGUUAGUCUGUCCUGGUUUCCAGGUGGCUGUAUCAGUAACCCCUCCCCUUGCAGUUUGAGAUGACCAGGCCGUUGAAAUGGUUAAACAUUCAAAAACAAAAUUAACUAAAGUGACACACAUUCCACCAGUCUGUUAAAGAACUGAAAAUGUUUUUCAAUAAAAUGUUUUUCCUAUGGACAUGC